AUGGGUUCUGUCUCCAAUCAGGAGAUCACAGGAGUGCUUUCCAAACCUAUUGGAGAUACAGUGGAUCUCCCCAAAUCUGAAGAAUCUCAGGUCCAUCAAGGAUCUGGAGUAUGCAAAUGGUUCAAUGUCAGGAUGGGGUUUGGAUUUCUCACCAUGACUAAGAGAGAGGGAGUGGAUCUGGAGUCCCCAGUGGAUGUCUUUGUGCACCAGAGCAAAUUGCACAUGGAGGGAUUCCGAAGCCUAAAAGAAGGGGAGGCUGUUGACUUCAACUUUAAAAAAUCAUCUAAAGGAUUGGAGUCUACAAGAGUAACUGGGCCUGAGGGGGCUCCCUGCAUAGGAAGUGAAAGAAGACCCAAAGUUAAGGGGCAACAAAAGAGGAGGCCAAAAGGAGACAGGUGCUAUAACUGCGGUGGAUUAGAUCAUCAUGCCAAAGAGUGCAAGCUGCCCCCACAGCCCAAGAAAUGUCAUUUCUGCCAGAGUCUCAGCCAUAUGGUAGCCCAGUGCUCAGCAAGGAACAACCAGUCUUCCAAUUCACCUGGGAAACCUGCCUCUGAAGAGCAGGAUGUGAGCCCUAUAAUUCAAGAGUAG